GCAAGAGUAAAACAAAUAAGCCUUACCACAAUUGGCAGUUAGAUACUAUUAAAAAUGAACAGAAUGCUGUCAAACAGGUUUCCAUACAUUGCAGUGAACAAUAAAAACUACCAAAAAAUAUGUAAAUUACACACAACAUCAUUUAGCAGAGCAGCUUUUAAGGCGGGUGAUAAAAUAAGAAUACAGAAAACAUUGACGCAAAAGGAUUUGGAUACAUUCUCAAAUCUUACAAGUGACCAUAAUUACUUGCACAAAAAUAAUGGUAACAAGAGGCCGAUAGUGCAUGGAGCCUUUCUAAAUGGCCUGGUGGCUGGUCUGAUUGGAACACAUCUACCUGGCCCGGGUACCAUUCUUGUCUCACAAACAAUGAAGUUUCCUAACAAGUGUUUUGUAGGCGAGAAGUUAACAAUUAGCGUCGAACUUGUUGAUGUACGAAAAUUGUUGAAAGUUAAAUUCUUCUGUGUCGUGGAAGAAGAAAAGAAGGUUGUAUUCGAAGGAGAAGCAAAGCUGAUGUUAGUGAAGGACUCUUAGAAAUAAGAUGCAUUUAUAUAUAGGUUUAUUGUAACACUCAAAUUAAUUUAAACAUUACACUAAGAAGUGUAUUACAGUAUAAAUACUACAAAUAAAGCAAGUGAGAUUAACAAUGUUGUAAGGAUUUUA